AGUGCCAGCAAAGACAACCUGGCCACAGGAUCUCAGCAUGCUGACAGCAUAUGUACUCGUGACAGUAAUGGGUAUUGUAGCUGCGGGGGACUGUCCAUUCUCUUGGGCUGAUACAAAACAAGGAGAAGAAACCGUUCUCUACUGUGACAUCCCACCAUCAGUCAGAUCGGACAACAACAACAACGAUUACUGUCUGAGCCUAGGAGCGAUGUACAAUGCAGGGGAAGUGGGACAAUUCUGUUUAAAGCAAGAAGUCAAACGUCAAAAACGACAGUGGGGGUUUUCGAGCGGCGGGCUUCCACCAGGAUUUUACCAAACGAAAAAACGCAAUGGAUUUCUACAAGGCGGCGUGCCACCCCCACCUCCACCACCGCCGCCGCCACAAAGCGGGUGACCUUCCGUGACGAUGAACAACUUCCUUUCACUACUUCUCUUGGACAUGGGCUCAUGUACAGGAAUUUGUCCACGAAAGAAAUCAAAUGGCCCUGAAGGUGUUAAUCCUCUUAGUUGGUGUUAAUGCAAUGUAAUACUCCGUUACAAUAAAUUCUCUGGCAAAUUUUGAAAGAUGUUUUUAAAAAUUAUUAUUGAAUUUCAAUAUUUUAAUUUGACCAACGUAUUUUACUGAGCUUAAGUGUUUCUGUAAUAUCUUGUGAGGCGCCUUUGUAUCAUUAUACAUGCUUUUUUCUUCUCAUAAAGCCUAUAGAAUGUAUCUCUGGGAAAAUACUCUCAUGUGUGACGUGACACGUAUUUGAAAGAGGAGCAACCUUACCCAUCCUCAGAUUUGUCCAACAACAAUGUGAUUUAUAGACAGAUAUCAUUUAUACCGCAUCAUGCGUGUAUCUCGUCAGUUUGUAGAGAAAUUCUUUUUUCUCUAGUUGUUGUAGUUGUUGUUUAUUUUAUUUGAAGUCAAUAAAAUAUUGUUGCAAUGAUAGCCUACUAUCAAGAUGGUCUUCGCUGUGCUAUCUCACACCAGACAAAUGACUGUAUUUAUUUAUUUAUUUAUUUGAUCAAUGUUAUCUGAAUUAUACGACGGCGGUCAGCAUUAUGGCGGAAGGAAACCGGGCAGAGCCCGGGGGAAACCCACGACCAUCCGCAGGUUGCCGACAGACCUUAUAACUUACGGCCGGAGAGGAAGUCAUCAUGAGCUAGACUUGAACUCACAGCGCAAAUGGCUGUAAUAUAUCUCCCAGUUGUUGUUGAGUUACAAAACCUAAUCAACUCCAUUAAUAAUCUGAUGAAACAAACAAGAUGUAUAGU